CACUUGCCAUGCUGCCCCCACCUCGCCCCACGCCGUCGGGGUCAACACACCCCGACGAUGCGAUCAGGUCGACUGACGAUGACGCCGCAGCGUCAAGGCUCUCGGCCGUUUCGCUCGGAUACCUCGACGACCCGUUCGUGUCCCUCCUGUACCGCCCCCAGCGGAUCGGGAGGGAUAGCAGCGCAGCCCACAAACCACCACUAAUCAAUGUCGGAACGCACCAUCGCACAGCAGCGCUCGACGCCGUCGUCGACUCCUUCCUCCGGGCCAGUGCGUCUUCCCCGCAAUCUGCACAGAUCGUCUCCCUAGGCGCGGGGAGCGACACGCGGUUCUGGCGCCUUGCGGCACGGAAUGACGUUCGACUGGGGAAAUACGUCGAGGUCGACUUCCCCCAUCUCACCAGCGUCAAGGCACAGCGUAUCGCCAAGAGCAAGGUGUUGGUGGCUGCGCUGGGGCAGGGCGAGCCCGUCGGUACUGGCGCAAUAGUACCCCCGGCCAAACCGUACAAGGUUGGGCAUGGCGGCGCGUCCCUCACGUCGGAGCGAUAUGCCCUCCUCCCCAUUGACCUGCGUACCCCCGGCGCGCUGGACCAGAUAGGCGCCUUGCUCGACCCCGACGCGCCGACCCUCGUCAUAUCCGAAUGUGUCUUCUGCUACAUGGAGCCCGAGGCGAGUCGGGACGUGCUCGCAUGGUUUGGGAGCCGGUUCGAGAACGUUGCAUCGGUCGUGUACGAGAUGUGCGGCUUGAACGAUGCCUUCGGCGCAGUCAUGAAGCGCAACCUCGCGGCUCGGAACCUCUCGCUCCCAGGCGCGGUCCCCUUCCCCACCCCUCAGUCCCAGGCCGAGCGUUUCUUGGACCCAAGGUUGGGCGAAGGUGUGUUCACCAAGUCUGGGGCCAAGAGACUGUGGGAAAUCCGGUCCGACGUGGUCAGCGAUGCUGAGCGGGCAAGGAUAUCAAAGCUCGAGUUCCUCGACGAGAUUGAGGAGCUGCGCCUCGUGCUCAGCCAUUACGUUGUUGCUUGGGGCAGCAAGGGGCCGCUGCUCGACGGUGUGGGGUUGUAG